GAUACUGGAGCAGGGCCUCAACAUGCACCGGAUAGCAGGUGCUGCUGCAGGUGCCGCGGGGGCCGUGCAGAAUGCGGCCCUGGCUCUUGGUGAUGCCCUACAGGAUGAUAAGAGCUCCGAAGGCGGCGAGGGUUUCUUCGGAGCUUCAGCAGCACCAGAAGGAUACGCAGGACAUAUUUGGGUCCAGCUUGAGUCCUAUGCUCACCAUAGCCACAUCACAGUGAAACUGGUGGGACUUUGCGUGGCCAUCGGUUUGAUUGUGACCUCCAUUCUCGGGAUGCUGAAUCUCUGGGGGGCAGAUUUCCAAGUCUUCGAGUAUGUCCACGCAAUUUGGAAUCUGCCCUUCGGACUACUCAUGAUCCUCAUGGAUGCAACGCCCACCUGGCUCGGGAAAGCCGCAGGAUGGCAGACGGCGCUGUGGAAGAAAGCUCCGAUCCUUGCCAGAGCCCGGGGCCGAGCCUUGACGCACUUCUAUGUGGGAACGAUCAACUUGGCGAUGUUCACGGCAGAUGAAUCAUUUCUUUGGAUGUUGAUCCACAUCUGCAUGGGUGGGGCGCUGUGUGCCUGCGGCCUCCUCAUGCUCUUUCAUCACCACUGCUAUCAGUGCCGGAGAAAGCGGCAUGUUCAAAACAACGCCAACGCCGUAGCCAACGUGGUUCACAACGCCAACCGGGCAGUGGACGUCUUGAAGGAGGAAGCUGUGGAGGUCCGGGCCUACAUUGCGGCCAACCACUGCAGCGUUCGCAUCUUUUGCUUCUUGGUGGCCCUGGCCCUUGUGGUAGCCUCCGUGCUGGGCAUGAUCAACAUCUUCAGCUUGGUCUUUGACCCUUUCCACUACCUGGUUGGUGUCUACAACUUCUUCUUUGCACUCGCCAUGGUAGUCUUGGAUGGCGAGUCCUCCUGGUUCCGGCACUGCUGCGACUGCCGGUCGAGGCUGUUCCAGAGCUUCCCGUUUCUGGCCACGCAGCCAGGGAGGGCACUCCUACACUUCUACGUGGGCACGGUGAACAUCGCCAUGAUGCCAGGAGGGUUCAUGGACAUCGUUUUCGUGGCGGUGGGCGGCUCUCUGGUGGUUUGCUCCAUCCUAAUGGUGCUUCAUCAUAACUACUGCCUCAAAGUCCCGGAGUGGCCCUUUGGCCACAGGACUUGA